AUGCCCAUCCAUGCCAGCUGCCAGACAGCGAGAGCUGGAAAAGACCCUGACGGCUUCGCGCCUGAGCGGCUGAACAUCCAGAUUGUCUCCACGCAGAGCCGCACGGGCCUCCUCACGGCCCAGGAGGCCCAACGCGUCCGGCAGCUGCACGCGGAGAACCGGCAGUUCCUGCGCAUCCCUCGCAGGCCGUACUGGGAUAGGACAACCAGCGCGGAGGACCUGAAGCAAGCCGAGAGGGAGAGCUUUCUGGAAUGGAGGCGACAGCUCGCCCACCUGGAGGAAGAAAAAAAUUUGAUUCUAACCCCAUUUGAACGAAACUUAGAAUUUUGGCGUCAACUUUGGAGAGUCAUUGAAAGAAGUGAUAUUGUAGUGCAGAUAGUAGAUGCUAGAAACCCUCUCCUGUUUAGAUGCCAAGAUCUGGAAAAUUAUGUUAAGGAGGUCAGUAGCGACAAGGAGAACAUGAUCCUGAUAAACAAAGCAGAUUUGCUGAGCGAAGAGCAGCGGGCUGCUUGGGCACAUUUCUUUGAGAAGGAAGGUGUUAAGGUGGUGUUCUGGUCAGCCUUGGCAGAGUGCAGCCGGCUGGCAGGAGAAGCUAAGGAACUAGACUCUGAAGAUGUAGCAGAGGACACAGGUGAUUCUGAGGAUGAAAGCUCCAGUGGAGAAGAUGACGACAGACAAGAUGGUGCAGAAAGCACAUGCACAAAUGGUGCUUUCCAAGCUGAUAAUGGAGUGCUGGUCAGUGAUGAUGACAGUAGUGAUGAAUAUGAAGACUGUGAAGAUGAUGAAGAGGAUGCCUGGCAAACCUGUUCUGAAGAUGAAGGUGGGGGCAAAGUAAAUACUACUGCCCCCAAAGCUAUGGGAGACAGUACUGCUGGUGCUGCAGUGCAGUGUGUAGUGCAGGAACAGAACAGGAAUAUCAGGAACUUCAGUCAUCUAGUACAAAGAGAUGAACUGCUGGAGAUAUUCAAAACUAUGCACAAUGGACCAAGGGUGAAGACGGGAGAAGUAAAUGUUGGGCUGGUGGGUUACCCAAAUGUUGGGAAAAGUUCAACUAUCAACACAAUCCUUGGAAAUAAGAAGGUGUCAGUGUCUGCUACGCCAGGCCGUACGAAGCACUUCCAGACCCUGUAUGUGGAGCCUGGCCUGUGCCUCUGUGAUUGCCCUGGUUUGGUGAUGCCCUCCUUCAUCUCUACCAAGGCAGAGAUGAUUUGUUCUGGAAUUCUGCCUAUAGACCAGAUGAGGGACCAUGUCCCACCCGUUUCUCUAGUUUGCCAGCAUAUCCCACGAAACAUUUUGGAAGCAACCUAUGGAAUAAAUAUCAUAAGACCCAGGGAAGAUGAGGAUCCAGAUCGAAAGCCAACCGCUGAAGAACUGCUAACAGCAUAUGGAUGUAUGAGAGGCUUUAUGACAGCUCAUGGACAGCCAGACCAACCAAGAUCUGCUCGAUAUGUAUUAAAAGAUUAUGUCAGUGGGAAGCUGUUAUAUUGCCAUCCACCUCCUGGUGUUGAUCCAAAUGAUUUUCAGCACCAGUAUGAAAGAUGUCCACACAGAUGUUCAGAGAGCAUAAAUGUGCAGGCCAGCAUAAAGAUGAAGCCUGAGAAGAAUACCAAAGUGAAACAGAUUGAAAAUGUGGUGGAUAAAACUUUUUUCCAUCAGGAGAACGUUCGUGCUCUGAUGAAAGGUGUACGGGCUACAGUGGGAUACCGGCCUGGCAGUGGCCUUGUGUCUGUGACUGCACCCAGUGCUGGGAAUGUUGUAGGAAAACCCUGGAAAAAACAUGGAAACAGGAACAAGAAAGAGAAGGUUCGCAGGAUCACUAAGCACCUGGAGGCCUAGCUGUGGUCCUGUUUGCUGGUCUUCCCAGGUCAGGGACUGCACUGUCUGGCAGGCAUGA